AAAGAUAGUGAGUGAACAGAAAGAAGUCCAGGGAUUGGCACAAGGACUAGAAGGAGAGAAUCACCAAAAGAAAGCGAGGAACCAACCUGAAGACGUGUUAACUGUGGACAAGGCUAAAGGAAGUCUUGUUGAGAAGAUAUGCUCUGAGUCGCCAAGAGAAGUCAACUAUGAAAAAUGGAUUGGUGAAGCUGUCCAAGGGAACGAUGCAAGAAUCGAAGGACAAGUACUAACCUAUAACAAAGUAUCAUUUACUCACGACUACACAAAAAUAUAUAAGGAAACAAUAAUUACAAAUGCCAGAAACAUGGUUCCUGAAGUUAUCAGUUAUCAGAUUAAGGCGGAAUACAAGCUUGAAGAAAAGAAGGAGUUAAUUCUGAGCCUUAAACGAGAUGAACACUUCAAAGAAAGAGAGAAACGAUAG